AGAGAGAGAGGAAGAGAGAGAGGAGGAGGAGAGAGGAGGAGAGUGUUUCCGGCAGGAGGAGAGUGUUUCCGGCAGGAGGAGAGUGUUUCCGGCCUCGAGCGGCGCGAUGUCCGCGGGGAGCGGCCGCGCGCUGCGCGAGCACCUGUCCGUCAUCCUGGGCGCGCUGACCAAGGCGGCGGUGGCGGAGAUCUGCGAGCUGGUGGACGAGGGCUACGCGGUGCUGCAGCUGGAGAUCAGCCGCAGCCACAAGGAGAACGAGGCGCUGAGGAAGAAGCUGCACCUCAUCGAGUCCAUCGUGGUCCGGGGCGGCGGCGGGGGGGAGGGGGAGGGGGCACAGCGGCCGGACGGUGACGGAGGAGACGCGGUGGUUCUGCGGGAGGAGCUUCCGGAGGUGGUGUUGAUCAAAGACGAAGACUCGGACAGCGACGACGCGUUCGAGGACGAUAACAGACCGUCUGCUGACAGAGGGACGGCUGCGACCAGAGAGGCCGUCGUGGCGACUCCGGGCGGCCGGGGCCUGAAGAGGCGCUCGCCGGGAAACGAGGAGGCGGCGGAGAAGAAGUCGUCGUCGUCCUUCGAGCAGCUCACGCUGAAACCGUCCAAACUGGCCGCAGGGAUGCAGCAGGCGAGCGUGGCCGACUCCUCCCCCCGCAGCGAGCCGGGCUGCUCCGGUCCGCUCGGCGGGGACGAGAUGGAGGUUUGUUCCUACGAUCCGGACGUCGUGCACCUGGUCCGACAGGAGGGCUCGCCGGUUUCCCCCCGCUCCGCCAGACAGACUUAUUUCGGCAACAGUGCUCUGAUGGAGUGCCGGUCGCCGCCCGGCAGAGCGGAGCUGGACCUCGUGGACGUGACGUGGACCAAGCAGACAAAGAGUCAGAUGUCGUUUCCUUCGUUUCACCAAAUCGAAAACGUGGACGUGGACGCGUUCGGGCUCAAGAUGAUCAGCGUGUCGGGCUCCACGUCCACGGACCUCCAGCUCUCCGAGAGCAGCAACUCAGCGUUCGAGUACGAGGACGCCGACGCGAUGAACUUCGCCCUCUACAGGGACCCGUCGGGCCGGGCCGAGUGCGCCGGCGCCCGGGGGAGGCGCUUCGUCUGCUCGCUCUGCAGCAAGUCGUACGCCACGUCGCAGAACCUGGACGUGCACAUGCGGAUCCACACGGGCGAGCGGCCGUUCAGCUGCAGCCAGUGCGGCAAGACGUUCACGCAGUCGGCGCACCUGAAGUCGCACCUGAGCGUGCACUCUGGCGAGCGGCCGUACGCCUGCGCCUUCUGCUCCCGGAGCUUCAUCGUCAAAUACAGCCUCAAGCUACACGUGAAGAAGUGUCACCCGGACGCUAGGGAGUGAGCGUCACCUUCUGUGAAUAUCAAGGUUUUUCAGAAAAUGUUUAUAAUUCACCGGUUGAUAAGUUUUGAAAUGGUUCAGAACGUGAGACUGUGAAUUAAGAUGGACGACACGUCUCCACUUCCUCCCGUCCUACGAGAAUGAAGCGGCCAUCUUGCACUUUCAACGUCAUCUGUGGUGUUGAAGCCCCGCCCACGCGUGCUCUCGACCAUGUGACGUCUCAGCCCCGUUUUUAUUUCAUCGAAUAACUAAUGAGAAGCGAAGUGAUCAGAAACAUGAUCAUGUGAACAAACACCAGUGAUAAGAACGACCUCACAUGACAUGGAGGGGGCGGGGCUUCUGACCUGUACUGCAGCCAGACACCAGGGGGCGAUCAUCGUAUUUAUUCAACGUCUGUGAUGCAAAAAGCGAAAUGAGCCUCGAGGUUUAAAAACCAAAUGUUUCACUUUCAACAAUGAUCCGUCUGGAUCCAAAACAUUUCAUGGUUCAAGUUUUCAUAAUGUGAUUUGUCUCUUCACAUGUUGAACUGGAUCUUUUUUGUUUAACUGUGUUGGUCAGAGUAAAAAAAACAAGAAGUUUGACUCUUGGAAACUUUUUUUAAAAAUUUUAUAGAAAAUGAAUCUAGAAAUUACAAUCAGAUUAGAGCAUCUCGUUGAUUCUGAUGAGCUCUGUCAGAUGAAAAAACAUUUCAUAAAAAAGGAUGAUGGUUGUGUGCAGUUUGUGUCACUGUUAAUACAAAAUAUGGAAUUGUUUUGUAUAAAAUUUCACACGAAGAAUUUUAAGUGUUUAAAUGCGACGUCGGAGGGAAAAUCUCUUAAAUCUUUGUUUGUUAUCGGGUGUUGUUUUUGUUGUAGCUGUAAUUUUAUAUUCACGAUAUUUUUAAUGUAAUACCAUUAAACUGUUUUCCAGAUAAAUCAAA